AAGAAAGAGCGGGCUGAUUGGGCCACUGAGAAGGCGGCUUUAACCAAAAGAGCGGAAAAUGCUGAAGCUGCCCUUAAACCGGUGGCGGAUGAACUAACGUCCGUAAAGCGGCAAAUACACUCCAUGACCGCUGCGAUCUUUGGCACACGCAUCGGGCACUUGGGAAACGAUGUGCGGAAGAAACUGAAGGCUGCCUACACCUUAGUGGAACAAUUAUAUACCGGAGCCCAGCGGAUCAUCACCACAGCCUCUCAUAACAACCCGGCACCUUCUUUAAUCCAGGACACUCUUAACAUGUUGUCGAUGCUUCCGGCGCGGAUGGAGGAGCUGAAGAAAUCUACUACUCGAACCGGAGCUAUUAACGCCUUGAUCCGGGCAAAGGCAUGGGUGCCAGAUUUCGACCCUGUGGAAGCAUCUCAAGGCUAUCCCAGCCUGAAGGAAGAUGGCUCUGAAUUCAACGAAGAGGAUUUAAGGGCAAUAAACCGUGCAGUGCGCCCUCUGGCUUGUCAGCUAGCUGAAGAGGCAGACUUGACGCAUUAUCAAGCAUAAUACAAUGACCAGAACAAGCGAGUGCCUGCCCCAACUCUUGAAGCGGAGAAUCUGAUCCCUCCAAUCCGUAAGCACACUUACGCUCCUGAUAUUGAACCGUCUUCCCUGAUACAUGAAGAGGCUGUUUUCCAAGCUUUAAUGGGAAUCGACUGGACCACUGUUGAUUUCCAGCCAAUGGGUAGGGACGAAGAAGCUGAAGCGGAUGAUGACGAGGAGCAGGCCUAAACCGGGAGCCGGUUUGUAUAGCUGUCCUUGGAAUCUUUCCAAAAUAACAAAUGAUCUUUAUUCGGGCACCGUGAUGCCUUGUAACAGGAUAGUUAAUACUUCUAUCUUCAA